GUGACGCGGCGGGGUGGGCGAGCCGCAGGUGGCACCCGCCCGCCCCCCGCCGGGGCACAGCCUGGUCGUCGGCGCGGCGGCGGGCACUGCUGGCAGGCUCGGCUCCCGCGUGGCUCCAACUCAUUUCCCUGUCUGAUCUGGAAAGGAUAGCUGUCUUCUUGCUAACCUUAGCUAUCAUGUUUUUGCUUAGCUAAUUCCAAACUUCAAGACUUUUGGGAUAGAAGAUCUACCAAAUAGAAGAAGUAUCCCUUGAGUGUCCUCUGUGCCUCUGUGAUUAUAAGAUCAUAAGCUGCAUGCUAUUUUGUUUUACUGAAGACUCCAUUAGAAGAACCAAUAAAUCUUGUGAAAAUGGUCUUUAGUGAUCUUACGUCAAGGACUGUGCGUUUUUAUGAUAAUUGGAUAAAAGAUGCUGAUCCGAGAGUUGAAGAUUUGUUCCUCAUGUCCUCACCUCUGCCACAAACUGUCAUCUUGGGACUCUAUGUUUAUUUUGUCACAUCUCUGGGACCAAAGCUCAUGGAGAAUCGAAAGCCCUUUGAACUCAAGAAAGCGAUGAUAACGUACAAUUUUUUAAUAGUGCUCUUUUCUGUGUAUAUGUGUUAUGAGUUUGUGAUGUCUGGCUGGGGGACAGGUUAUUCAUUUGGAUGUGAUAUCGUUGACUAUUCACAGACACCCAAAGCUCUGAGGAUGGUACACACCUGCUGGCUUUAUUACUUCUCCAAAUUUAUUGAGCUGUUAGAUACUGUGUUUUUUGUUCUGCGUAAGAAGAAUAGCCAAGUGACUUUCCUUCAUGUCUUUCAUCAUACCAUCAUGCCAUGGACCUGGUGGUUUGGAGUGAAAUUUGCCGCAGGUGGUUUGGGAACAUUCCAUGCCAUGGUGAAUUCAGCUGUGCAUGUAGUCAUGUAUACCUACUAUGGCUUAUGUGCAAUGGGACCAGCCUACCAGAAGUAUUUGUGGUGGAAAAAACAUUUGACAUCUUUACAGCUUGUCCAGUUUGUUAUUGUCACCAUCCACAUGGGCCACAUCUUUCUCAUGGAGGAUUGCAAAUACCAGUAUCCAAUCUUUAUGUACAUUAUUAUGUCAUAUGGGUGCAUUUUUCUGCUCCUUUUUCUUCAUUUUUGGUACUGUGCUUACACCAAGGGACAGAGGCCACCAAAAACUAUAAGAAGUGAAAACUAUAAAAACAAGUAAUACUAAAAUAUAACAUGAACCUGUGAUUGAGACUGAUACCUUGUCUUCCUUGACAAUCAAGAAAUAUUUACCUAUGCAAUGCAUUUUGUAUAUUUUUUCAAAAUCAAGAGCUUGUAUUUUUAUGGUAAGUUAUUGGGGUUUCUGAUAUUAAAUAGAGUGCAACACUCCCAGACAAGUCUUCUGAUUAAAGCCUAGAGCAGCUAGAAUUUUUCUCAGCUGCUUUCAAACCUAAUGAAAAGGUUUUUAUUUAAUACUUUUUGUUACAGUGAAGGGAGGAUAUGAAGUUGCAUAGUACUCUUCAAAAAUGUCCAGUAGAGAUGAAAAAUAUUAGAUAUUUUGAUCAUGGACAGAGUUCCAGCGAGUAUAGUAGAUUCCUUCUGCAGGGUUAUAGGCCUCCACCUGCAGGCUUUUGACUCUCACUUGUCAGCUGCACUCAGAAGAUGUUGCAUUUACUCUGGAGUUCAGUUCCCAUUCUAAAGAGCUAACAUGGGCAAGCAGUAAAUGAAUUUUUGAUAAGUUGUGAUUUAAAAUCACUAACAAUAAAUUUUAAUGGAUCUUUUGAAUAGCUGCCAUAAGUUUUGCUGAUAAGACUUUCUCACAACCCCUUUGUUGUCCAAACUGUUUUAAGGUAGCAAUGCUCUCUCUGACUACACUGAUAUACUUGACAUUAAGGUGAAGUUAACAUAUGUUGGAAACAAGAUGAUUUCUUUCGAUGGGCUGUUACAGUUUUACAUUUAAUGUUUUAUAUCUCUGGAAAGAAGUGAAUGUAUCAAUGAAACAAAUAUUGUGUAGUGGAAAAAGCCUGAUUAUGUCACUUUCUGAUAGUUUAGAGGGUUAUCUCAUUUAAAUAUAUGUUGGUUACACACUUAAAUAGUUACAUGACUAGCAUACCAUAGGUACAUUUAAAUCACAAAUAAUUUUAGGCCAAAUAUUACAGUUUCUAGACAGGAUUUGAGUAGUUUAUCACUCAGCAGAGGCAGGUGGUAGCAUAGAGAGUAUCUAGGGGAAUAUUUGAUUUUUAAGUAAGGGCUUCUCUACUUUGAGAAACUGACAAACUACAUUAUAGUAUAAUAUAUCUCUAGUAUUACAAAUACAUUGCACAAGAAAGUAUUUUACAGAAUUGUGAAUUGGUCUGGAUUUCUUUUUCCAGAUGUAUAAACCAUGUAAUGAAUGGCUGAAAUUCAAUAGGCAUAGGUUUUUAUUUUUCCUCUAAAGUUGCUACUUUCCAUAUUUAUUUGUUCUUAUGUUUUCUUAUUGGACAGCCAAAACUACUGAUCAGUACAGUUUUGUCCUAGAAAGAGCAUGGGCUGGGGAUUUAGCUCAGUGGCAUAAGCGCCUACCCGGCAAGUGCAAGGUCAUGAGUUCGAUCCCUGGUAUCAAAAAAAAAAAAAAAAAAAAAGCAACAUUUGGAAAUUUGUGGCUCUUGACUUUUCUCCUGUUAUGUUUAUACUCAAUUUUGAAGGGCUUAUAUGUGAAGGUUUUAAACAACUGGUACUUACGGCUCAGGUUAUUGUGUAACACACAGUGAUACUAGUUGUACAACAAAGCCUGUGUUUUUCACUAAUUUUAUAGUCGCUGGUUCUGUGUCUUUCUCCUACCCCAUUUUUAUAUAACAUAGCCUUAUGUCUUCACACUUACCAGGUUUAUAAGGCCAGUAAGUGAACUUUAGUGAUUUUAUUGCUUACAUUACAUGAAAACACAAGGGUUAAUACAUGGAGGAAUUUUCUAUUUUUACAAAAUAAAGAACAGGAGAACAAUUAAAAGACACAACUGCUUUAUUUAUUUCAUUGUGAAGUUCUCAGGGUUUCUUUAGUGUUUUCCUGUUUUAGCGCCUCAUGCCCAGCCUGUGCUAAAAUUAGGUACGGUAGGUGCUAUUAUACACAUGGGCAGUGUCUAAAGACCUAAGUAAGAAGAAGACCAAAUGGAAACAAAAGGAAGAGAUAAAACGGGAGUGUUUAUUUCUUUCUGACUCAAACCACUGAUAGCUCUGUGGCAGAAUACUUGCCUAUUAUGAGUGAGGUCCUGUGUUCGAUUCCCAGCCCUUCAAAGAAAGGAGGGAGGAAGGGAGGAGGCAGCGAGGCUACAGAGGGAGGGGGAGGUUUGACUUGCUGUGAACUAACAGCACAUGAUGAAACCACAUUCUCAGUUCUAUGAAUAAAAGUGGAGAGGUGGCGAAUUCACAUGAAAGUAAAUCACAAGUGACAGAGGCGCUGUCCAUGUAAACAUCAGUAGAUCAAAAUGAAUGUCACUAGAUACAGAAUUUGUGUGGGUGGUAUCAAAGGGUUUGGGUGGUCACGUAGCAUUUCUCUGGGUAUUCCAUCCCACUUUUCUGGACUUAAUGACUUCGAGUUUGCUUUCUUAACAAAAAGCCAAGCUAUGAAAUCUAAUUUGUUAUAUAAAGCUUUACGAAUUCUUGAGGACCUAUGUCUAUCUUGUAAAUAAAUGCCAAAUAAAUUUUUAAAUAUCUAACAGAGGCUGUCAUUUUAUAGUCCUAAUUCUUUAAGUAGAAUUCCUGAGUAUGAUAUAUUGUUUCAUAAUUAUAAAAUUUUGAGAUGAUAUUCCCUCAAUUACACCUUAUUUCAGUUGGUAUUUUAAAAACUGGAAAUUCUAUGGAGAUUGUCAAAGUUUGGGUUUGUUAUCUAUUAUAAUAAAUCUGUGGUGUCACAUAA